UCGUGGCUGCAGUCUGGCUUUUGCCAACACAUGUAAAGCAAUCACAGCCUUCCCCCAGCCUUUGGAGCAUACCGGUCUUUGCUUUAUGGCAGCCACACACUCGCCCAUCUAUGCCCAACAGCCGCCUCAUUGAACCACAAGAAGCCUCUGUCCUAUAUAUAUUGCCUCCUGUUCCCCAAAUACAAUGCCGUCCAUUCCCGCAGAGGCCAUGUCGCUAUGGGCCUCUAUCUGGCGACCAGCGAGCCCCGAAAGAAUGGCCGAAAACAGCCUCAUUGCCGCGUUUGGCGCCGUCUUGGGUUAUAUUGGGGCCGAAGCUGCCACAAACGUCAUCUUUGAGCGUCUCCUCUGGCCUCAACGCUUCUACUCCAACUUUGGCCGCGAAUCCCUCCCCUUUUUGGCCCUCUGCCUGCCCAUGGGUGGCCCUCUGCACAAAGCCGCCCUCAACACCUUGGACAUUAUGUUUUUGCACGGCCUAUUUAAUGGUGCUGGGCAGGGACACAUGCUUAGCACUUCAUUCUUCCGUCGACUGGACUGGCGUUACACCAUGCACGCUGGAGUAGGCGAGGGAGCUGAGCUAUCGCACAACGAUGAGCUGCGAAACUGCCUAUGGGCUCGUGUCCUAGCCGCCAUGCCCUUUCCUGCGCCGUCGGUCAGGCCGCCGCCCCAAAACGCAGAGGUGGUACAGGCCGACAGCGCAGAGAGGGGCGCCGCCGCACCUGCCCCUAUCCCGGUGACCACCGCCACACCGGCGAGUCCAUCACCACCAAAACCGCCCCCGCUGAGGGCCCAGACCUUUGUCGGCCACCUCACCCUCUCACGGCCCAGUCUUGAAGACCACAGGAGCAAGGCUCUGCCCUUCGUGGGCGAGUCCUGCGGCCGCCCGGGCCCGCGGGUCCUGCUAGCCAUCUGCACCGCCGAGUCGUCCGCGGUCGUCGCCGCGGUCGCAGUCGCGGCUUGCUACCACACCGCCUGGGCGGUCCUGUGGCUCGCACCGCUCGCGCUGCGGCUGCUAAGCGCCGUCUUCGCCCUGGACCGCGAGCCCCUGGCCCCAAGCACGCGGCGGCGCCCCCACGCUCCCGACGAGGCCGAGUACGAGCCCGCCCUCGACUUUGAAAUCUCUUGCCCGCAGUCCGUCGGCGGGUUCAUGGUGCUGACGGGCCCGCCUUCUCUGGUCCUGCAGUUUAUGCGCCACUAUGGCCACCCGGUGCGGAACCGAAGCCUUGAGGUUAUCCAGUUGAUCAUUAUUGUAACCUUUGCCGCCCUUUUCCCCAUUGGCCUUUUCUGCUCCGCCAUGUGGAUGGAGCCCGACGUCCAGUACGCUUGGUGCGGGUACCAGCUUUACGUGGCUGUAUUUAUGCACGUGGCGCGCUAUUCGUCGGCGGGACACACCUCGACUACCGAAGCCGGCCUCGCGAUGUGUCUUCGAAGGAGCGGCUCGGUCCUCUUUGGGAGCGCGAGAGACGACCCGGGCCUUGUCAAGGCCAGCGUUAAUGUUGGGUACUAUAGUCGAUAUGGCGAGGGGAAGAAGGAGAUGGAGAAGCUACUGAAUAGGUGUGGGACCAAGAUUUCUCAGAAGGGCUAACAGACUACGCAGGGUGUCGGGUCGUGGGAACUUCCCUCUUAUGAUGGAUCUGUUCUCGGACGCGCAGGCCGGAUAAAAGCAACGACAAAAGUGGGUGUCUUGGAAUUUGCGAUACACGUCUUUUUCUCUCUCUCUUUUUACAAACUCGCAUCUUUUUACUUCUCGGUCCUUUCUCUAUCUACUUAUCUCGUCUUCUCAACUGUUAAAGGCGGAGUGCAUAGCUAAAUUCCUUACCUUGACACUCUUUAUUUACCCAUACAAUGGACAAUCGCGCUUUAUAAAUCUGGGAGGUUUCGUGAAGAAAUGGUUCCCCUCGC